AUGAACCUCAAAAUGCCCAGCAUCAACGCCGCGCUGGAGACGUCAGUGGAGUCCCUGGUGGCAGACACCACGAAGAGUGCCGGCAAGCUGGCGCGGCCCGACUUGAUCGAGCGACUCGCCACGGAGUCGUCUGAGGCAGUUCAGUGGCUCAGGGACCGGACGAAGGUGGACUUGUCGAUGCGCUCGCAGCUGGGCGGCCACACGGCCAAGCGCACGCUCAGGCCCUCCAAUGCCUUUGUCGGUGCGGAGCUGACCUUUGCGGCCGGGCAGGUGCUCACGAAGAUGGCGGCGGAGUACCGGGACCGCUUCCGGCUGCUCUUGAAGUCCAAGUGGGUCGGGCUCAGGAGGCGCGAAGGCUCCGAGGGAUGGAUCGCUGACGUGCAGGCCAACGGCACCACGGUGGCGCCUCGGACUUUAACGGACUUGAGGGAGUUUCGGGACUAG